CUCCUCCAUAUGCUAGAGAGAGAGAGAGAGAGAGAGAGAGAGCAAGAAGGUCAGAGAAGAUCGCAGAAAACCGUAUCGAGUAUGGCUGCGAGUGCUGUGACGGAGAAUGAAGCACUGGCCACACAAGCUCCAUAUGCACCUGUCACUAUUGAGAGGAGAGUCAGGAGUGACUUGGAAACCAAACUUCCUAAACCAUAUAUGCCCAGAGCAUUGGUUGCUCCAGACACAGACCAUCCAACGGGAACAGUCGGCCAUCAGCACCGUGACAUGAGUGUUCUUCAGCAGCAUGUCGCUUUCUUCGACCAGGACUACGAUGGCAUUGUCUAUCCUUGGGAAACUUUUGCUGGAUUGCGAGCCAUCGGUUUCAAUCUUAUCGCCUCCGUUGUUAUGACUGUUCUUAUCAAUGGGGCUUUGAGUUAUCCCACUCUGCCUGGGCGGAUUCCUUCUCUUUUCUUUCCCAUACACAUAUACAACAUUCACAAGGCAAAGCAUGGUAGUGAUUCCGGGACUUAUGACACAGAAGGAAGGUUUAGCCCAGUCAACUUGGAGAACAUGUUUAGCAAGUAUGCCCAUACCGUGCCUGACAGGUUCACGCUGGGGGAGCUUUGGAAAAUGACCGAGGGGAACAGACUUGGAUAUGACUUCUUUGGAUGGAUCGCGAAUAAGUUGGAAUGGGGGCUAUUGUAUGUGCUUGCUAGGGAUGAAGAGGGUAUGCUGUCAAAAGAAGCCGUUAGACGCUGCUUCGAUGGAAGCUUGUUCGAGUAUUGCGCUAGGAUGAAUACCGUCGGUAGAGCGAAGAUGGGCUAGAACAAUAUGGAAGCUAUGUACCAAAAUGCAGUAUAUGUACGCGUGUAACGAUUUAGCUUUUGUUUGAGACGUUGGAACUGUAAUAAAUUGAGGGAUGGUCCUUCACUGUUUCGUACAUGAUGAAAUGAUCAUAAUUUCACCUUUUCAUUCAUAAUUCUUCAUUCAAAG